AACGUGAGGUUCCGCGUUUUUCUUCGCUCAACCAAAAUUAACCUGUUGCGAAAUGGCAUGCAGUUUACCUUAAAAACGCUCGUUAAACGGGGUUAAUCAAAGGUCCAUUUACAAGUGUUCGCCCUGCGCUCGGGGGUAGAAUCGAUGAAUCGACGAAACGCAGAAAGACGAGUGUGUGUGAGUGCGACGGUGUUUGCUGGUUGUGAGUGCCCCGAGGAACUCAGGGCACGCACCGCGGUCGCUCAUCGCUGUAUUCGAGCUCAGGCGUUAAGUAAUGGCGGAUGUGUUCAGUUUUAGGUGCGUGGAAAAAUGCACUUUUCGAUAAGUUCCGCCUGAUUUGAGUGAGCAAACGUGUGUGAAAAUGGAAGAAAGAAGCCUUGUGAAGAGCAACAUCCCCGUUCCAGAAUUGUACUUUUUGAUCGCGAAAUUUCUCUCCAAUGGACCGCUACAGGAAGCGGGAAAGGUUCUGGUGCAGGAAUUGGAAAAAUUAGACCUUUUCCCCCGUCGCCUGGACUGGACCGGUCAGGAGCAUCGACAAACGUUAUCAGAAGUGGAACGAAAGUAUCCUCACAUUGGACCGCAGCAUUUGCUAGAGAUAUGCAGCCGCGUUGGACCGCUGCUCGACAAGGAGCUACCACCGGCCAUUUCCGGCGUACUGACGGCGCUCGGUGCGGGCCGGCAAAGUUUGCUGCGCACCAAGGAGUCUGUCUCGCGGCCUCGCCAGCUCGUUGACUAUUAUACCCGCCUGCACGAUCGUCCACUUGGCGAUGUGGUCAAUCGGAACAACACGCAGAACCUGGUACGGGUGCUGUAUGGGCGUGAGAGCGCGGGGCCACUACUCCGCCGCCAGGCCAUACCGCCAUCGUUUUACGCGAAGCAGACAUUGCAGCGCCGCACGCUUGGCCACCUGUCGGCCGUCUACUGUGUGCUGUUCGAUCGUACGGGCAAGUACAUCAUCACUGGGGCGGACGAUUUUCUCGUGAAGCUGUGGAGCGCCAUCGAUGGACGGUUACUGGCCACGUUCCGCGGUGCUUCGGCCGAAAUCACUGACAUUGCCAUCAAUCUCGACAACACGAUGCUAGCGGCCGGUUCGUUGGAUCGUAUCCUGCGCGUCUGGGACCUCCAGUAUGGUGGUCCGAUCGCGGUUCUGUCUGGUCACACGGGCAUGAUCACGUCGGUUAAUUUCUGCCCAUCGCCCAAAACGGAUCUGCGCUAUCUUGUCACGACCAGCACGGACGGUUCGGUGGCGUUCUGGGAGUACAGUACGCGCGGUGGCAAGACGACGUUCUGCUCGAAACCGACCUCGUACCACGAGAAGAUCCGGCCCGGCCAGGCACAGAUGAUUUGUGGAUCGUUUUCACCGGGCGGUAUCUUCCUGGCGGCCGGUUCGGCCGAUCAUCACGUGCGCGUUUACCUGAUGUCGGAGGACGGACCGAAACGGAUCCUCGAAACCGAAUCACACGGUGAUACGGUGGAUUCGAUCCAGUGGGCACACGCCGGUCUGCGGUUCGUUUCUGGCAGCAAGGACGGAACGGCGCUCGUGUGGCACUUUGAAUCGCAGCAGUGGAAGUCAGUGCGACUGAAUAUGGCGGACCGGUUGCCUAGUUGUCCACCGGUCAAUCCAGACGACAACGUGAAGCUAAAGGUGACGAUGGUGUCCUGGGACAACACGGACAAAUGGGUUAUUACGGCAGUGAACGAUCACACGAUCAAGGUGUGGAACUCACACAACGGUCGACUACAUCGGGUGCUACGUGGCCACACGAAGGAGAUCUAUGUGCUCGAAUCGCACCAAACAGACUCGGGUGUACUGCUGUCGGCUGGUCAUGAUGGUCAUCUCUUCAUCUGGGAUAUCGUGGCCGGUGUUUCGAUCGCUAGCUUUGUGAACCGCAUUAACGACGCCUGGGAGAGUGGCAUCUACGAUGCAAAGUGGUCCCCGGAUGGUAUGAUGAUUGCGGCCACCGAUUCCGACGGUCACAUACUGAUGUUUGGCUACGGUGCGGGACAUGAGAAGUUGAAGCAGCUGCCGCUCGAGCUAUUCUUUCACACCGAUUACCGGCCGCUGAUACGUGAUUCGGCGCUGCACGUGAUGGACGAACAGACGCAAACGAUGCCCCACCUAAUGCCACCACCGUUCCUCGUCGAUAUCGACGGUAAUCCGUAUCCGCCGGCGCUGCAGCGACUGGUACCGGGCCGGGAGAAUUGUCCCACCGAUCAGCUGAUACCGAACAUUACCGUCGGCAAUGGUGGUGGUGUCGGUAUCGAGCAACCGCAGCAACCACAACAACAACCACAGCAGCAACCGGUCGAUCCGUUGGCCGCCGGUGGAGCGUACUCCAACAUUGACCGCUUGAUCGAAGCGCUAGCGAACCGUCAAGGUGCCGCAGGAGCUGCGGCAGGUGCAGCUGCCGCCAGAGGAGAGGAAGAGAAUCGAGAGCAACCGGUGCCGUUACCGCAAGGGCUCGUUGGUGCGAACGAGCGACGCCGAACGAACUCCGUU